AUGGCAGGGCGCUAUCCAUUCAACAUCCUCUUAGAGCAUCGGGAAUUUGUCUUGUCAGCCUGCGAUUUAAGGCUCCGAUUUCACCUGCCUCCGAAGCGUAUACGCCUCUGGUUAGAGAAAGUGGCAGACGCUUAUAUCAAGCUCCAGAUAUGCCAUUUGAAGAGGAAGGAAGAAGCUGAAGAGACGCAAGUGUACCGUUUAUUCAAGUGUAGUGAGGGUAGCAGUCCUCAAUCCCACAGAUUAACGAAAGAUGUCCUGAACAGAUUAAAACAAGAUGCCUUGGUCCUGCUGUACACCUCGCUGGUCAGGCUGCACCUGGAGCAUUGUGUGCAGUUUCAGAGGCCUCACUUCAAAAAGGAUGUGGACAAAAUGGAGUGGAUGCAGAAGAGGUUGGGCCAGUAUACAUUUUGCUCCGUUCCUCCAUUUCAUCCGGACAACAGCUCUGAGCUAGCUUUCUCCUUUACAUGGUUUUUAAGUGUCAUCCAUGACAAGUUUAGGAAAGGAAGGAUUAAUUUUGAUAGUACCUUGGAAUUGCUUACCAAAUUUGACAUCCCUUUUGAUUAUGUUCACGUAAAGUACAUUUUUAAGGCAAGUGAUACACUGAAGACUGGGCAUAUUACGAUAGAGGAUUUUAGAGGAAUUUAUCGGGCGAUAGCGCAUAGAUGUGAAAUUCAUGAACUCUUCAAAACUCACUCUCCAAACCACAAAAUUCUGCAACUAUCAAAUCUUGUUGAAUUUCUUAGAAAUCAGCAGUUUCAGGAGGAUGCUAAUGAAACAGUUGCUUCUGAUCUCAUUGCAAAGUUUGAACCCAUUGAAGAAGCAAAAAGGAAUAGAGAGAUGACAUUUGAAGGAUUUCUAAGAUACAUGAGCUCUGAGGAUUGUGCGUUAUUGAAAAAUGAACAUCGAACGGUUUACCAGGAUAUGACCCGUCCGUUAAGUGAAUACUUUAUUGCAUCUUCUCAUAACACCUACCUCAUAUCUGACCAGCUAAUAGGGCCAAGUCACCUGUGGGGCUAUGCAAGCGCUCUGAUGAAAGGCUGCCGUUGCUUGGAAAUUGACUGCUGGGAUGGUUCAAAUGAUGAGCCAGUUGUUUACCAUGGACACACGUUAACAAGCAAGAUCAGUUUCAAGACAGUCAUCCAGGUGAUCUACAAGUAUGCCUUUUUGGCCUCUGAUUAUCCCGUUAUAGUGUCUUUGGAGAAUCACUGCAGCCCCAAACAGCAAGAAAUAAUGGCAGAUUAUAUGAAAACUAUCCUGGGUGACACGCUGGUGACUUCAACUGUUGAUGGCACGGUACCGAGUGAAUUACCUUCCCCUGAGGUGUUAAAAUUCAAAAUAAUUAUCAAAAACAAGAAACUUGGGACACUUGAAGAAACACUUGAGCGCAUAGGCACAGACUUCCAUGGCCAGACCGGGGAAUUUGAGGAGGCACAGAGCACGGAUGACGACCUCGAUGACGAACCUUCCGCCAAGGAGCCCUUGCUUAAAAAGAGGCGGUGGGCUUCAAAAGGUGCAGGUCCCCCUCGGAAGAAACAAAAAAUGAAGAAAGUGAAGAUUGCCCUGGCUCUCUCAGAACUGGUGAUUUAUGCCAAAUCUCGGAAGUUUAUCAGCUUUGAAGACUCAAGAGAAAACCAGAAGUUUUAUGAAAAUCACUCUAUGAGUGAAGGGAAAGCCCGAAAGAUGGCAAAAUCUCAAGCUACUGAAUUUAUCCAACACAACAUCAGAUUUCUUUCAAGGAUAUACCCCAAAGGAACACGGACAAACUCUUCCAAUUACAAUCCUCAAGAAUUCUGGAAUGUUGGGUGCCAGCUAGUGGCUUUAAAUUUCCAAACGCCUGGAGUACAAAUGGACCUUCAAAAUGGGAAAUUUUUAGACAACGGUGGUUGUGGUUAUAUAUUAAAACCAGAAUUCCUAAGACAGAGUGACAUGCAGUUUAAUCCAUACAGUAUAGCUGGAGGCAGCAAUGCCAUUUCGCUUACAAUCACGAUUAUCAGCGGCCAUCAGCUACCCCCCAGCAGCCUCUCCCGGUCCAAUAAAGCCGAUCCCCUGGUGGUCAUUGAGAUUCACGGCGUUCCAGAAGACCAGAUGAAACAACAGUCUUGCGUGGUAAAGGGCAACGCUUUGAGUCCCAGGUGGAAUCAAACGCUCUCUUUUCAUGUCAAAAUUCCAGAGCUUGCAUUAGUACGCUUCGUUGUAGAAGAUCAGCUUUCGCUCACUCCCAAUGACUUCCUUGGCCAAUAUACUUUACCACUUUUAAGCAUGAACAAAGGGUACCGCCAUAUCCCGCUUCUUUCCAAACUCGGUGUCAGCUUGAGCCCAGCUUCGCUUUUUGUGCAUGUUUGGUACUUUCAGCAAUAAUGUUUGUUAACAGUUCCCCCCAGCUGGCUAUUUCCUCAAUAAAACAACCAUGACUGAACAGCA